AUGAAGUUCGCAAAGUUACAUUUAGUGCCAGCAUUGCUGCUGAUAGCCGCUGUGUGGCUGGAAAUUGUUGCUUCUGAGUACAAUGAGGUCUUCGAAGGCGCAUUGGGUCGCGUUGUAACACCUGAUUUCAUUAACCAAUUAUCCGGAUCAAAAGGACAAACAAGCAACUCCAAUUGCGGGUCUGAGCCCGUAUAUACAGAAGAACCGACUGAAGAGAGCGAAAUAAUUUACACAGACUCUCCAGAAGAAGAAGCUUUAUCAACGGAUGACGGUUCCUACACUGAUAGCUCUACUCCUACACGGAGAACACAGGAUUAUGAUUACUAUUCGUCACCUGUGAGUUCAAUUGGUCGGAAUGUUGAGCAUAACACAGCAAACGCCAUUUCCAUUGCGCGAAAUCAGCAAACAAAUCGUGUACGCCGACGUAAUCCCUCACGACGUCGUACACAGCAACGCCGUCGUAAUCCCUCACGACGUCGUACUCAGCAACGCCGACGUCGGCAAAAGCGACGUAGACAUCCAUCAGCACAAAGGCGCAGACGUCCGUCGGCACAAAAGCGGAGACGACGAAAUCAUAACAACUCAAAAGAUCGUCGCAGGCGACGACGUGGAGGACAACGCAAACCGCAGCGCAGAGUGAUCGUGCGCAGACGUCAGGCGAACAAACGACGUAAUGGUGAAAGAGUUGAACGUCCUCAAUUAUAA